GGGACUGCUACCGGCCACUGUGUGGAGUAAAGAAAUCUGACCAGGAUGAAACAGUAAAACUGGGACCCUGCAUCUCUCACCUGAAGUUUGAUUCAACAACCAGCAGCAGCGGCGGGGCUCCAUGAGCGGAAAAACGAAAAGCAAAGAGGAUAAAGACCAUGCCGCCAAACAGCCCCAGUUAAAGGGCAUUGUGACCAGGCUUUCCAAUUGCCAGGGCUUCCAACUGCAGAUGCAGCCUGAUGGCACUAUUGAUGGAACAAAGGAUGAAGACAGCACUUAUGCUGUGUUCAACCUGAUCCCAGUGGGGCUUCGUGUGGUGGCCAUCCAGGGCGUCCAGACCAAACUCUAUCUGGCAAUGAACAACGAAGGCUUUCUCUACACCUCUGAACAUUUUACCCCAGAGUGUAAGUUCAAGGAAUCUGUGUUUGAGAACUACUACGUCACCUACUCCUCCAUGAUGUACCGGCAGCAGGCUUCGGGUCGGGCCUGGUACCUGGGACUCAACAAGGAGGGUGGAGUCAUGAAGGGGAACCACGUCAAGAAGAACAAGGCCGCAGCACACUUCAUACCGAAACCGCUCAAAGUGGCCAUGUAUAGGGAGCCCUCUCUCCAUGACCUGACAGAACUCUCACGGUCAGGCAGCGGCACACCGACCAAGAGUCGCAGCGCUUCGGCACUACUUAACGGCGGAGGGAAGUCGCCCAGCAACAAUGAUCUCUCAUAGCCCUACACCUCUCACACACACACACACACACACUCCUAGAUAUACAAACACACACUCACACACAGAUCUCAGGCCGACAUGCCCACACAUCAGGCUGGUGAGGGGUAGGAGGCGCUGAGGAGGAAAAGAAGGAGGACCGGAGCGUGUUCUUCCACUUAACGGACCCCCCUGUGACUGACUGUGAUGUAAAUAAAAUCAAGGACAAUCAAUCCGUCUGGCUCUGCUGAUCUGGUCUGCAGACUACAGGACCUGUGAAUCUUUUCCCUUGACUACUCUUCCUGCUGUAUCAUAACCACACAGAACAAGGGAAGAAAAGCGGGAUAAUAGAGAGAGUCAGUCAGUCACAUAGUCAGAAAAACAGACUGUUACAGAGAACCAAAGAGUCCAAGUAUUACCAAACUGAGUUACUUGCAGUGAAAAGGAAAGUGGCAAGAAAUUCAGAGGAAGGAAGGAAGUCUCUAUCUAUUCUACCGUAUGCUAUGUUUACACAGAGCUCAUGGGGUUAAGUCAUAUUUUAAAAUGACAAACAUAUUCCUUGUACACUUAUGAGGACUGAUCAUUUGUUUGCAUGCAGGUGCGCCUGUGUGUGUGUGUGUGUGUGUGUGUGUGUGUGUUGUGUGUGUGUGUGUGUGUUUGUGUGGUCAAGUACACGCUGUUCUUGCAGUAGGAGUGUUGUGUGUGUGUGCGUGGGUAAGCGAGAGCGAGUGUGUGCGCAUGCAUUUGUCUGGUGUG